UCCAAACACAUUUCCUCAUCAAUCUGCAGUUCCCGGAGAGCCGUAGCUUCUAACUUCUUUCCUCUUCUUCUUAGUGACUUGAUAUCGAGGAUCCAUGAGUGCCUUGUCAAGCCUAUCCUACCUUGCCGGUAUGAUUUCGCAGAAUACUCCCCCUACCAAGGGCAAGAACCCACCCAAGAGGUCGGCCACUGUCAAUGGAACCUCUAAUGUGAACAAGUCGUUGCCUCAGCCUCAAAGUCAGGUGGUCCCUGUCGGCAUUCCUGCGACCUCCGCUUCUCAUACAACAUCCGUCAACGCUACUCCAUCGUCCAGUCCCCCUACCGGCAGUGUGAACAACCUCUGCGAGGUUUGCCACAUCCGCCCGAAGUUUGUCGAUGGUUCGAAGACACAUCCGUACUGUGGUCGAACUUGUGCUUCAAAGGCUACCCCAUCCCCCGGAAAUUGCGAGUUUUGCCAUGCACGCCCAAAGCGAUUCGAUGGAACUCGAUUGCACCCGUACUGCAGCAAGUCAUGCGCAAUCAAUGCAGAAGCUGCAACCAGGCAGGCAUCUCUGCACAUUCCACCGCAUGGAAUUUGUCAUAUUCCUGGCUGUUCAAAGCCAGUCUAUAGGUCCAAUGGUCAUGCCAGCAAGUACUGCAGUCUAGCUCACAAAUCCCUUGCCGAAAACUCGUGCAUCUGGUGCCGCAAGGCUCCCAAACAAGGUGAUAAGCACUUCUGUGGCCUGGCCUGCUCGGACGAAGCUCGAAAGAAAGGACCCAUCAUCGUCGAGAUCCCCGACGACCACGUUACGUUCCAGGGUGUUGAAUCUCAGUUCAAGUCUUCAUGGCGGCAUGAUGAUAAAGUUUGCCCUACCGUUCGUCGUAUAUACAAGAUCAUCCCCGAGCAAUCUUCCUUGGACAAGUAUGACGCUUAUCGUGAUGCUGUUGAGGCUCGCGGCCAGUUCGUUCAGGACGGCCGCUCUGCUGGCAACGAAAAUCGGCGAUGGCAUGGCACCACUCGGGAUUGUCAUCUGGGCGACAGAGGCCAUACUCAAUUUUGCUCAUCGUCCAAGUGCUCGUUGUGCAGCAUCAUGAAGACAUCGUACAAAUUGAACCUGUGGGGUAAGAAGACUGGGUGGGGCAGGUUUGGAGCCGGAAUCUAUACCUCAUCCACGUCAUCGAAGUCGAAUGAUUACUCCUCAAACACGGACCCGAACGCACCACUCAAAGCCAUCAUCCUCAACAAGGUCGUUGUAGGCAAGGGCUACAAGAUGACACGUGAUAAUACGAGUCUUACCGCGCCCCCCGCUGGUUUUGAUUCGGUUCUUGCUGAGAAAGGAUCUCGUCUCAAUCAUGACGAGCUUGUGGUCUACACCAAUGAUGCUAUUCGACCUUCGUAUCUGGUCAUGUACGACGCUCUAUAAGUCCAAACUACUCGGUCUCAAGUUCCUUGCCCUCACUCUCGACCUCGUUCAAGUUAUUCUUUUACUUAUUCUAUCACGCCCAACUCAUCAACCCUCAUUCAUUCCUCCUAUCACCCACAUAAUUUAUUACUAUGCAUUACUUAGUUAAUUUAUGGCAAGGGGGCUCUUGUCAUAGUCUGUUAUACUUAGAAGUAGACGUCUGGUACUCAGUGAUCAAUGAGAAUGUUAUUCGAAGUGACAUUAUAAAUCAUCUUUCAAUUU